UGUCUACCAUUGUUUUAACAAUGCCAUGUCCAAGGAAGGUCAAAUGUUUACUGCACACACACAGAGGCGGACUGACAACUCCUGGGGCCCCCCGGGCAAUAGGGGAUCAUGGGGCCCCUGUGUCCUUGCCCAAACCCAAAAAAGCCUAUGAAAAAGGUACCAGGGGCAUCUCAUGGGGCCCCCUACUGACCCGGGCCCUCGGGCAGUGCCCGAGUUUCCAAAUGGUCAGUCCGCCCCUG